AUGUACUUACCAACAACUAUCAACAAUUACCAAGAAAACACCUACAGUGACCGAGUCAAGGAUAACUUACUCAUGAGCUUUAUGUCUUCUAUUCUAUUUGAGUAUACCCCAGAAACAACAGUCCAAGGAAAAAGCUACCCCACUCAUCUUCUCAACCCUCAAGUAAAAGCGAGACCCCAAAAGGGCCAGCCAGGCCAUCAGCAGAUUAGUUCCCCCGCAGCGCUCAGAUCCAGAAACAUAUCACGCACUCCGUCACGCCCAGCGAAUGUUAUUCAAGGGGAUGGUAGUUAUGGAUUUGUGAAUGGGUAG